CAUAUCAUAAAGAUUUCCGGGCUAUAAUGAGGCGUGCAGGCUUGGGUGAGGGAGGCCCUCAAGGGAAUUACGUAGCGAGUGGAUACAGCGUGUACGAGGAGGAGAACGAACAUCUACAGGAGGGACUGAAAGCUAAAGUAAACGCACUCAAACAUCUAUCGAUUGACAUUGGAAAUGAAGUCAAGUACCAGAAUAAAAUAUUGGGAGAAAUGGACUCGGACUUCGACUCAACUGGAGGUCUGUUGGGAUCCACCAUGGGUAGACUGAAGCUCCUCGCCAGAGGGAGCCAAUCCAAGGUGUUCUGCUACAUGCUGCUGUUCGCCCUGUUUGUCUUCAUUGUCCUGUACUGGGUGAUCAAACUGAGGUGAUCACAGGACCGAUGAGAUCCAGGACAUUUCUUAUGUGCCAUGCUCAUAUGGGGGACGGGAUCAGAAUCCUCACAGUGACGACGAGGAGUGUUUGACUGCUUGCUUUCCAUUGGACAAGAAACUGAACCAUUGAGUGACAAUGUGCAAUAUGAAAAAUCUGUAUAAAUAUAAAAUAUAUCUGUCCCAACCCACUAAAAUUAAUGUCGUCUCAGUGCAGGGAUAAUGCUACUCGUUUAAUACUGGUCAUGAAAAAAGAUGAACAUGCAUCUGUCUUU